CAUUGUUUCUGUUGCGGGUGUGCGCUUUUCCUGCGAUGCAUGGCGGAUGGCAUUACUGACCCUUCGCUGGAGGCCAUGCGGCAUCACCUGGACUGGUCAAGCAAGCAGCGCCGCAUUCUGACAGCCAACGGCACGGCGGAGGGCUUCUAUUGUGCUGAGAGGGGUUAUGACUACGACACGGCUGAACUGCCGCAUCACUUCCUGAUGCAUUCCACAACCCUAGGCUCCACUCGCCGAAUGUUUGAGAAUUGGCGGGAGACAACAGCUCGGUGUCCCAUUGUUGGCGCUUGGAGCCGCCCGUUGUUCUAUGGAGGGUGGGAGCAUUCAACAGACCGAGACGAGGCAGUCUUCAACCUGCAGACAGGAUCCCUCUUUAUCGACCUUCGCGUGCCCCUCACACGCAAAACGCUUUUGGAGGCGCCAGGUGCCCGCAUCACAUGCCUUGAGGAUAUGGAUGCUUUGCAGCUGGCCUGCUAUGCUCGCCAGCACAUUUUCGCCGGCUUUUCCAAGGCGGAGAGCCAGCCUCAUCCAAGCCUGAGUUGGGGCUGGAGUUGCACCAGGCACCACUGCAUUGAUUGGAACUUCGUAGGUGUUGGCCGCACUCGCCCCAACAAGUGGUGGGUUGAGCUGGGCAACGAUGCUUGGAAGGAGUGGGCGUUUGCCACGGACCUUGCAGGCCAGCACUACUACUGCGAGCGCUGGGAGAGGUAUUGCGGAUCAGCCGUUGGACCGGUGGUUGCGCUGCGCAAGUCUCAGGAUCCAGAUGGGGUCAUUGUAAUCGUUGGCGAUCAUUUUAAUUAUUGCCUGGAUCGCAGUUGCAGCCUGGGUGAAGCACAAGCAAGGUACCCCUCAGCGACAUCACUGGUGGAUCUUGUGGAUGCGGCACUAGCGCAGCAUGAUCUGAAGACAGCACGUGCAUGCUUGAGCAUUCAGGGAGGUCACGGGCGGAUUUCCAAGGGAUGGCAACUGGACUGUGCCAUUGAAUUUUGGAAACAAGGAAGGCCGCUCUGGAACAGAGAAGAGGUGUCCGUCACAGGCAUCUCUCUGGACGAUUGCAUCGUUCUUUGGAAGGGUGAAGAGUGGUCAGUCUUCGAGUGCAGCCUUGAUUCUCCGCAGGCCCUGGCUGCACUUCUGAGGACAAGCUUGUCCAGCUUGUAGCUGGCUUUCGGGCGAGAGGCAAUCAGCCUAGCUUUGGCCA